AUGCGCCGGCUUAUAGUCAUUCUGGUGGUCUCCCUCGCUGCAGCCUCAACUCGCGCCAAGGACGACCACGACACAUCUUCCAUCGAUGGCAUGCAAGGUAUCAGGAUAUGGUGCGGGGAUCGAUGGGAGCACGAUCACGUGUACACUUUCGUGGACCAAAGGGGCUUUGAUUUUCUGAGGCUACCAUGGGACACCGAGUCUCCGAUCGAUGUCUUCGUGGCUGCAGAUCGGCUAAAUGAGUUCAAGAGUGGUCUGGACGAAAAUCGAAUCCGUUAUCAAGUCAUCGUCCAGAACAUGAGCGAGCACCUGGAGAACGAAGUGGCUGUACAGAGGAUGGCACGGAGGAAUCGCUUCGGUGGCGAGAUAUUUGCUACUUUUCCGCGAUACGACGAGAUGCAAGAUUACCUUCGAAAGCUGGCAGAGACCCGUGGUGACAUCGUAAAGUACUUUACGAUCGGGAGGAGUUACGAGGGCCGGGACAUCGGAGCUGUGAAAAUAUCGUCCGGGGGAGAGAACAAGCCCGCGGUGUUCAUUGACGCCGGCAUCCACGCGCGCGAGUGGGUGGCUCCUACCACGGCUCUCUACGCCGUGAAACAGCUCGUGGAGAACGCGACCAAUCACCAUCUGUUCGAGAAAGUUGACGUCUACGUUGUGCCCUCUUUGAAUCCAGAUGGAUACGAGUACACUCAUCAAACCAAAAAGAGUCGCAUGUGGCGAAAGACUCGUUCCGUCAACCCAAACUCUUCUUGCCUUGGGGUAGACGCAAAUCGGAAUUUCGAGUACAAGUGGAUGACCAUCGGAGCGUCAAGUGAUCCCUGCUCAGACAUUUACGCUGGUUCAGAGCCAUUCUCCGAGCCUGAAACUGCAGCACUGAGGGACUUUUUUCUGGCCAACAAAGGGAUCAAAAUUUACCUUUCCUUCCACUCUUACGGUCAGUAUUUGCUUCAUCCUUGGGGAUGGACCUCAUCACUUCCUUCCAAUGAACCAAUACUCAGGGCUGUCGCUGAAAAAGCUGAGGCUGCCCUGUCCAAAGUCCGAGGAACUCGUUACAUGAUUGGCAGCUCCACAAAUGUAUUGUAUUCAGCUGCCGGUGGAAGCGACGAUUGGGCACAGGCACGGGGUGGCGUGGAAUUAGCCUACACCAUAGAACUGCCAAGUGCUGCGUUUGGUUUCGCACCUCCCCCAAAGGAGAUCGUGCCCAUUGGCAUGGAGACUUUCGAGGCCAUCAAAGUGUUCAUUCAGUACGCUGAAGCUGGGGAAAGUUUUGAGUCGACACUAAGUUGA